UUUUUGCUGUAUUAAUUAUUUCUCUCCUCAUUCUUUCAUUGUUUAGUUUGUUUCUGUUUGUGGAGGUUGUUCAACCACAGAAGAGGCUUAAAACAUUUACAGUUAAUAUCUUGGCUAACUUUUCAUUUUAUUUCUAUUUAAUCCCGUUCAACCAAGGAACCAUCAAUUUGAAACUAUUUCUUAAUUUUCUUUUUCUUUCUUUUUCUACUUAUUGAACUGAAAAUGGGAAACGAUUUUACCAUUUGUAAUGCGAAAAAGAAGCUUCCUUUCCAAAUUGAUCCAUGCAAUUGCGCGAAAUAUUAUAACGCUGGUACUUAUAUGGAUUGUGGAGCUGGUACAAUUGCGAUAAAUGGAGGCUGUGGACGUGAUGAUAAACCAUGUCAGAGUAAACCUUGGCUUCGAUGCGGCAUCAAUAUUCCAUUUAAUGACACUCAAUGCCGUGAGAUCUGGCCCGAAGAUUUUAAAUUUUGGAAGUGGGAUAAAAUACAAACAUUUUUAGAUACCCAUUCGGAAAAGGAGUCAACAACAACCACUACUCUAACACCAGAAACCACUACUCUAACACCAGAAACCACUACUCUAACACCAGAAACCACUACUCUAACACUGGUUGCUUCUUUGGCCACUUUUUUGGUAUUAGCGAUCAUAUUUAUUCUCUUCUUAAUUUUAUGGAUAUCAUUUAGACGAAAACGAAACUCAACUCCAGAUGAUAAAUUCGCCAGUUCAAAUGUUCAAAAUGUAAAUGAGAAUAAUCAUCCGAAUGAAGAAAUCUAUGAAAAUACGACAACUACUUCCUUCUGCAAUAGUAGUAUAGCGAAUAAAAACACUUCAACAACAACAAACCCAAGAAACAUCAGUGAGAAAACAUAUGAAAACCUAGAAGAAGAGUCUUCUCCAAGAUAUGAUAACUGGCGUUUAACGAACUGGAAAUUGUGAACAAUGAGAACAGAAAUAACUCUUAAUCACGUCGUUGAAAAAUAAAAUCUACUGGUGAUAACGAUACGUUUUAUAACUUAAUAAUUAAUCAAAAUCUGUUACUAGUAACAAUCUGUUACUGUUCGAUAACCAAAACCUAUCGAUAGAUGAUAACAAUGUCUUGAUGGUUUUCAAUAUAAUAUAUCACGUGAUACCAUUA